AAUGUUAUAAAGUUUAUGCACUGCUCCUUCUUAUGUUGCUUUGCUAGAUUAAAAGAAAAAAAUAUCAUCUUUGCAACAUAUAGCAUUUCGUCCUGAUGGAAGGUCUAAAAUGUAGAAAACCUGAUCUUAAACCAAUUGAGAUAACCAAAGUGGACAAUGACAGAGAGGGAAUAGCUGAAGAAGAAGAAGAACCGUUAAGUCCAGCAUCUCGGUUGUUUCACGAACCGAACUUCAAUGUAUAUGUGAUAGCAGUCAUCGGGUGCAAGACCCAGGUUCAGCCACAUAUUGUUAAAGCCAACUUGGAGCACACUUUGCUUAAGCACCCUCGCUUCUCUAGUUUGCAGGUAACGGACGAGAAAAAUAACAAAGAAAUGAAAUGGGUCCGCACAAAAGUGGAUUUAGACAAGCAUGUCAUAGUUCCAGAAUUAAAUCGAAGCAUGGACUCACCUGCAGACAAGUUCAUAGAAGAUUACAUAUUCAAUCUCACCAAAACCACUAUCAGCAAAUCUCAGCCUCUUUGGGAUCUGCAUCUCCUCAACAUCAGCACAAGUGAUGCCGAGUCGAUCGGCGUUUUCCGGAUCCACCACUCUCUGGGCGACGGCACUUCUCUUAUGUCUCUUCUACUGGCAUGCACUCGACAGGUAUCUGAUCCUGAAGCAUUGCCUACUCUUCCUACCAUGACAAAGAAGAAGAAAAAGAAGCAAGAAGAAAACGGGAAGUUUUGGAGAUAUGUUAUGGCAGUUUGGUGGGUUAUUCAGCUGUUCUGGAAUACUGUAGUUGAUGUUUUAAUGUUUACGGUGACAGCGCUGUUUUUAAACGAUUCAGAGACGCCAAUCAAAGGUAGGCCUGGUGUUGAGUUUACUCCUAGGCGAUUGAUUUGGCGGACUGUGAGUCUGGACGAUAUCAAGUUAGUGAAGAAUGCAAUGAAUACUACUAUAAAUGAUGUUGCUCUAGGAGUCACACAGGCAGGCUUGUCACAGUAUCUUAACAGAAAAUAUGGUGGGAGAAAGAAGGAUGAGGAAACAACCCAAUUCAGAAAUAAUCUUCCCAAGAACAUUAGCCUAAGAGCAACUCUUCUUAUUAAUAUAAGACCAGCUCCAGGGAUUCAGGCUUUAGCUGAUAUGAUGGAGAAGAAUAGUGAAGCAAAAUGGGGAAACUGGAUUGGCUAUGUGCUUUUCCCCUUCACCAUUGGUAUACGAGAUGACCCUUUAGAUUAUAUUCGUGAAGCUAAGGCUGCAGCUGAUCGAAAGAAGCAGUCUCUCGAAGCCAUAUAUACUUUCUCCAUUGCUGAAAUUGUCCUCAAACUUUUUGGCACUAAGGUAGCAAAUGCUCUAUCUCAUAGAACUAUCUAUCAUACAACAAUGUGCUUCUCCAGUCUAGUUGGACCGCCAGAGGAAAUCGAGUUUUAUGGCCAUCCAAUUGCUUUCUUAGCUCCAAGUUCUUUUAAUCAACCACAUGCAUUGAUGAUUAACUUCCAAAGUUAUGCCAAUAAGAUGACCAUCGUUCUAUCGGUAGAUGAAGGCACCAUUUCUGAUUCUUCUCAGCUAAUGGAUGACAUUGUUGAAUCGCUCAAACUCAUUAAAGAUAUUGUGUUAUCCAGAGGUCUUAAUGUUUAGGGUUUUUGUCUGUACUCCUGUUUGUUCUCAAUAAAAGCUUUGUCUUAAAGCUUCUACCUGUACUCCUGUUUGUUGUAUGCAAAAUUCUCAAAUAGAGUGGUCGAUUGGAUAGCAAAGACCAUUUUAUCUAGUGUUUUACCUUUGUUUUA